AUGGGCAUUGCCAGUAUCUCGACCGCAGCACGCAACGCUGAGGAACCAAAGAUAGCGCUAAACCCUAAAGACAAGGAGCAUUCGAUGGGUAUUACCGUCGCCGGCUGCCUGAUGGCCAAGGCAAGCGUAAAUGGUGAAAAUGUCGUACGCCCAUACACACCUACUAAUACGAAUGCCGAGAAAGGGGAGCUCGAACUCGUGGUCAAAGGUUACCCGAACGGCAAACUGAGCAAGCACAUCGUCAAUCUGAGCGUGGGGGAUGAACUAGCGAUGAAGGGACCGUUUCUUAAGUUUGAGUACAAGCCGAAUAUGUAUAAGAGCAUCGGUUUUCUUUGUGGUGGCUCUGGUAUUACUCCUGCUCUUCAGGUUAUAAAGGAGGUUUGCCGUAAUCCAGACGAUGAGACACAGGUCGUUCUUAUCUUUUGCAAUCGGACUGAGAAAGAUAUUAUUCUUCGCGACGAACUGGAUGCGCUACAGUACAUGUACCCGCAGUUUCAAGUACAUUAUGUUGUAAACAAUGCUGAUGCCAACUGGAAGGGUUAUACGGGCUAUGUGACCAAAAAAAUGGUUGAGGAGCUGCUUCCUAGUCCAUCGGACGAAAACCUGAUUGGUGUAUGCGGCCCCCCUCCAAUGAUGGAUGCCAUCUCCGGCAACAAGAAUCCCGACCGAACUCAGGGCGAGCUGAAGGGUUUGCUAAAAGAAGUGGGCUAUUCUAGCAACCAGGUAUACAAGUACUAA